AUGGAUUCCUACAAACCCUUAUUAGCUUUCUUCUUCCUCACCUGCGCCAUUACUGCAAUUGAAGCUCACCGGAAAAUUGGCGCCGGCGGAAGCGACGGCGGCGUGACGGUGGAAUUGAUCCGCGCUGACUCCCCACAGUCCCCACUGUACAAUCCAUCGGAGACGCGUUUCGAUCGUGCAAAAAAAGCUCUGAUCGGAUCUCUGGCGCGGCACGCUCACCUGAACUCCAUACUUUCCGGCGGCGUCUCGCCACAGGACUUCCAAGCUCCGGUCACACAGAGCGGCGGCGGAUACCUGAUGCGCGUCGGCAUCGGAACUCCGGCGACGAAGGUCUGGGCCGUCGCCGACACCGGCAGCGAUCUGGCGUGGACUCAAUGCGAGCCCUGCGAGAAUUGCUUCCGCCACGAUGACCCGCUCUACAGCUCCGACGAAUCGUCGACGUAUAAACCGAUCGACUGUUCGUCGGAGCAAUGCCAGACGUUCACCCGCCGGGGAGGCUCCUGCGGCGGCGACAAUGUCUGCCAAUACGAGGUUAGUUACGGGGACAGGUCUUACAGCCGGGGACCCCUGGCGACAGAGGUCUUCACAUUCCAAUCGUCGAAGGGCGGCCGCGCCGCCGCUGCCGGAAAAUUCCAGAACGUCGUUUUCGGGUGUGGCCGCGACAACGCAGGAACAUUCGACCGGAAAACCGCCGGGAUCAUCGGGCUCGGCGGCGGCGCCGCCUCGAUCGUCCAGCAACUUGACAAAUCCGCCGCCGGAAAAUUCUCUUACUGCCUCGCCUCCCCCGACGGCGCCGGGAACGGCACCAGCACCAUCACCUUCGGCGCCGGCGCCGUUGUCUCCGGCUCCGGCGUUGUGUCCACUCCGAUAGUGGCCGACAAAGCCCCCGAAACUUACUACUAUCUCACCCUCGAAUCCUUCACCGUCGGCGGCGAGAAAGUUCCGGCGACCAUCGCCGGCGGCGGAAAUCCGCAGCAGGAGGAGGAAGAAGGCAACAUCAUCAUCGACUCCGGCACGACUCUAACAAUCCUGUCGGAAGAAAUGUACGCCGGCGUAAAGGCCGCCCUGAAGAAAGCCGUGAGAGGCGGCCGGCCGACGGAGGGGCCGUCGGGAUUCGACCUCUGCUACGAAGCUAGCUCCGAUCUGACCGUACCGCCGGUGACUGCACAUUUCAAAGGCGCCGAUCUGCCAUUGCCGCAGGAGUCGAUCUUCGUGGAGGUAGAGAAAGGCGUCUUCUGCUCUACAUUCGUGCCGUCCCCUCCAUCCUUGCCCAUCGCCAUUUUCGGAAACCUUCAACAAAUUAAUUACCAGGUUGGGUACGAUCUCACAGCUCGGAAGGUCAGCUUCAAGAAGACGGACUGUAGCAAAUCGCCAUGA